CAUUUCCACCCCAAAUGAUAGUGGAUGCGCAAUUUGAAACCACUUGUAAGGAGAUGGAAGCCUACAUGUCUUUUGAUUUAUGAACACUGAAUUUAGUAUUUUUCCUUGUUAGAAAGAGGCGGUGAGUAACAGUGAGUGACCACGAUCUCUCUGCUGACAGGUGAGGGAGCAGCAUCUCUGUGGUCUGAGCGCGGCGGGAGUGAGAACGGAAGCGCGUGCAUGACGCGCAUCGCUGGGUUAUCCGUGCCACAUUUUUGGACCUUUUCCACUUCCAGCUCGCCAAUGUGAUUUUUUUUCCUUCUUUUUUUUCCUUCGGCAGCUGCUGUGAGAUGUUCUGCAGUUGCCAUGGCGAGAGGACUGUCUCCGCUGGGUUUCUUCAGAAAGACUCUGCAUGUCCAGGCCAAGUUCUCUUUCCUGCACAUGAAAUACUUGUUCUUCUCCUGGCUGGCAUUGUUUGUGGGAAGCUGGAUCGUGUACGUGGAGUACUCAUCCUACACAGAACUUUGUCGAGGGAAGGACUGCAAAAAUUCCAUUUGUGACAAAUACAGGAAAGGCGUCAUUGGAGGCUCGGCCUGCAGCAGCCUCUGUGAGAAGGACACCCUUUACCUGGCAAAGUGCCUCACCGCCAAAGUCAGCAGUCAGGUUUACUCAGGGAACUGGGCCGACUUGGAGGGUAUAAUAAAGUGCCAGAUGGAGGCUCCUCAUGACGGUCUGGAAGGUGAGAUGGAGCCGAGGAAGGAGGCAACGGUCUUCGACAAGCCCACCAAAGGAACUUCAGUGGAAACCUUCAGGGAGAUGAUAAACAACCACUUCAAGGCUAAAGUUGGCGAUCGGGUCAGCCUCGUCGACCUGACGACCCAAGUGUUAUCCAUUGCUGAUGUGAAUAAAGACGGCUACAUCUCACUGCCAGAAGCUCGCUCCACUUGGGCUCUGCUGCAGCUCAACGAGUUCCUGCUGGCGUUCGUCCUCCAAGGCCAGGGACACACACCCAAGAUCCUGGGCUUCUGCGGAGACCUGUAUGUGAUGGAGAAGGUCCCGAACUCCCCCUUGUACGGGAUAAGCCUGCCUUGGAUCAUGGAGAUGUCCAUCCCGGUUAGCCUGCGCCGCAGCAUGGACCAGUGGUUCACACCUCAGUGGCCCCACAAGGCCAAGAUCUCCAUUGGGCUGCUGGAAUUGGUCGAAGACAUUUUCCACGGCACAUUCGGGAGCUUCCUCAUGUGCGACGUGAGCACUGGCUCAUUCGGCUACAACGACCGCCAUGACUUUAAGGUGGUGGACGCACGCUACAUCGUUCCUGAGGCGACAUUCCAGGAGAGAAUUCGGCAGCAGCACUGCAGCGCGGACGAGGACUGUUUGUAUGGAGCCGACUGCCUCACCUCCUGUGAUCUCACCAAGCAUCGCUGCACAACAGAGGUCACCAGGCCCAACUUGGCCAAGGUCUGUGAAACCCUCAAAGAUUACAUCCUAAGGGGGGCGCCGGCCGAUGUGAGCGAGGAGCUGGAGAAGCAGCUCUACGUCUGCAUCGCUCUGAAGGGGUCUGCGGAUCAGAUGGAAAUGGAGCACUCGCUGGUUCUGAACAAUCUCAAGACGUUGCUGUGGAAGAAGAUCUCUCACACUAAAGAUUCUUAAGUUCCAGAAUCACCUUUCAAGAUCAAGUUUUUAUACGUUCAGCCUUACAGCUAUAAUUUACAGGUAUUUCAAUUUCUUCUACAACUGACUGCGUAUAAGGAAACAAAUCAUGGAUGUUGUUUUUAAAAAGUCAAAAUAAAUCUAGCUCCACAAACCUCAACAAUUUUCUCAGCAGUACACACC